CUGGAAGGUACGCUGAGGCUUGGAGGUGGAGGUGCAGCGCCCGGGAGGUGAGUAUUUCCUAAAUGACCUUUCACCCUUUGCCACAUUGGUCCUGGGCCAAGAUGGGCCAGUCAAAGUCCUUACCCAGAAUUUUUUGAACUGAAAGUGAGAGAAAAUCCCUCUUCAGUGUGGAAGCCAUAAAAUGUAAAACACAGGAACUGUCAGCAGCCAUGUGUCCUGUUGUGCGGAACCAGCUGGUCUGCUGUGAAAAGGAAGCCGACAUGCCAAAGGCAGCAGAGAACCAUGUGUGCUCAGUACUGCAUCUCCUUUGCUGAUGUUGAAAAAGCCCAUAUGAACAUUCGAGAUUCUGUCCACCUCACGCCAGUACUAACAAGCUCCAUUUUGAACCAAAUAGCAGGACGCAGUCUUUUCUUCAAAUGUGAACUCUUCCAGAAAACUGGGUCUUUUAAGAUCCGUGGUGCCCUCAAUGCCAUCAGAGGCUUAAUUCCUGACCCUCUGGAGGGGAAACCCAAAGCCGUUGUUACUCACAGCAGUGGGAACCAUGGCCAGGCUCUCACCUAUGCUGCCAAACUGGAAGGGAUUCCUGCUUACAUUGUGGUGCCUCAGACGGCUCCCAACUGCAAGAAACUGGCAAUACAAGCCUAUGGGGCCUCUAUAGUAUAUAGUGAACAGAGUGAUGAGUCUAGAGAAAAGGUCACUCAAAGAAUUAUGCAAGAAACAGAAGGCAUCUUGGUCCAUCCCAACCAGGAGCCUGCAGUGAUAGCUGGACAAGGGACAAUUGCCCUGGAAGUCCUGAACCAGGUUCCUUUGGUGGAUGCACUGGUGGUACCAGUAGGGGGAGGAGGAAUGGUUGCUGGAAUAGCCAUUACAAUUAAGGCCCUGAAACCUAGUGUGAAGGUCUAUGCUGCCGAACCCUUGAAUGCAGAUGACUGCUACCAGUCCAAACUGAAAGGAGAACUGACUCCCAAUCUUCACCCUCCAGAAACCAUAGCAGAUGGUGUCAAAUCAAGCAUUGGCUUAAAUACUUGGCCUAUCAUAAGGGACCUUGUGGAUGAUGUCUUCACUGUCACAGAGGACGAAAUCAAGCAUGCAACCCAACUGGUGUGGGAGAGAAUGAAACUGCUCAUUGAGCCUACUGCUGGUGUUGGAUUGGCUGCAGUGCUGUCCCAGCAUUUCCAAACAGUCUCUCCAGAAGUGAAGAACAUCUGUAUUGUACUCAGUGGUGGGAAUGUAGACCUAACCUCCCUAAACUGGGUGAAGCAGGCUGAAAGUCCUUACCAGACUAUUUCUGUUUAAAUUCAUGAAUUGUCUCUAGAUGAAAAUUGUUUUCAAAAUCCUAA